GCUGACGGGAUCACGUGAGCGGCAGCGGCCCAGGUGACCCGGCGGAGCCGCGCAGGAGGGAGCCGCAGGUCGCGCCAUGGCGAGCCAGUCGCAGGGCAUCCAGCAGCUGCUGCAGGCCGAGAAGCGCGCCGCCGAGAAGGUGGCCGAGGCCCGCAAGCGAAAGAACCGGCGGCUGAAGCAGGCGAAAGAAGAGGCCCAGGAAGAGAUUGAGCAGUACCGCCUCCAGAGGGAGAAGGAGUUCAAAGCCAAGGAAGCAGCUGCUCUUGGGUCUCAUGGCAGCUGCACCACAGAAGUCGAGAAGGAGACCCAGGUGAAGAUGAGCGCAAUCCAGGGCAACUUCCAGACGAACAGGGAGGAAGUGCUGAAUAACCUGCUGAAGUUUGUGUAUGACAUCAAACCGGAAAUCCAUGUGAAUUACCGCAUCAAUGGCUAGGGGAGGAGGCAGGAAUGGGCCUGUGGAAGUGUUAGCAGUAACAGCUAUGCUUCAGAUGAAGUGUCCAGCCCUUAGUCAUGCUAUAGCUCUGUGUGCUUCUUGUAGAGGUGUUACAUUAUUUCAGUAAGUUGUAGGCCCCUCUAUCUUGGCGAGACUCUAGUUAACCUUUAUAUGGAUUCAGAGCUUAUCCAAAGAUUUCAUGGCCAUGUCUCAAAUAUGCAUUGUGUGAUCUAGGUAUCAAGGGGAACAUUAACAUUCUGUGCUUCUUGGUGGGUAUUAAAAAAAGCGGUUUUCUUUGCUCAGAAAAGGGGUGUGAGAUGCAGGACAGGUUUAAAUGGCAAGCCUGUGAGUCUGUACCUAUUAGAAAACACAGAUCUGAUGU